AUGUUUAUAUACGUCACUGGACUCCCGGUAACUCCAAAUGAAGCAACUUCACCUAAAACUAACGCCUCUCUUCAUGAGCAUUCAUUUACUGAGAAUUCUUUCAAAAAGGCCCAACGAGAAGAAAAGGCAACUGACCUGCUCGAGGCAUUUACUAUUUUUGAGGAACCAUUUGCUGCAGGCUCAACUUUCCCGACAAGACCCAAAAUUCAAUCUUUACUGCCAAAGGCGCCCUCACAUCCACCACCACUAACUCUGCAAUCAAUGACCCAGCCAGCACCAUCUUCACUUAUACGGACUGUAGCUCAUGCGUCCAACUUUGAAUCAAAUACCCCCCUACAGACGUAUUCAUCUUCACCGGCACAUGUACUGAAAACUAGUACCCCACCUUCAUUGUCUCCUGCACGAAUUCCUAAUGGAAUUAUACCAUUAGUUACUCCAUCAAAUCGGAAAACAAUGGCCCUUGUAGAUUGGCAGCCUUCGCUUACAGAGUUGAAAACCCAGGCAAGGCAGCUUCCAUCCAACAUGCCGCUUCAUACACCCCAGUCGCAACCUCAUUUACCUUCAAAAAUUACAACAUUACCUAAUUCGCUAGUGGCACCACAACAGCUAUCUCGAUCGACAGAAAAGAUCAAUUUUCCCUCGUAUGUUCCUAAUCACUUUAGCUCGCCAGUAAGUCAGAUGCAAUUUGAUCCACCGAAUUCUUUAGAUCCUGCAAUGUACUCCAAUCUAGUAAGUCUCAUCCCUUUCUCCCCCCCCUUGCCAACACUUCAUCCACUUCCUCUUUCCCAGAUUGAUAUUGAUGGUGUUCAGACUCCCGUGUAUACAAUCCAGUCAUAUGACUAUAAAGACUUGAUUCCCGAAAUCGACGCACUUCUUUCAAGUCAAUAUCGCUUCAAAUAA